GAGUUCAAUAGAAUUGGGCCCAAAAACCUCUAAAGCCCAUAAAUCUGUCUGCUCAAUUAUACGAAGAAGAAACCCUAGCCCACAUCCCAAGCGCUUGUAAUUUCGCAUACAAAACCCUAGCGCCUCCUCUCUCUUCAUUUCCUUUUUGAGUUUCAGUAGAGAGAGAGUCCUGCGAAAAUGUCGAAGCGAGGGCGCGGAGGAACGGCCGGUAACAAGUUCAGGAUGUCACUGGGUCUGCCGGUGGCGGCGACGGUGAAUUGCGCCGACAACACCGGCGCCAAGAACCUCUACAUCAUUUCGGUGAAGGGGAUCAAGGGUCGCCUCAACAGGCUGCCCUCCGCCUGCGUCGGCGACAUGGUUAUGGCCACCGUGAAGAAGGGGAAGCCCGAUCUCCGUAAGAAGGUCAUGCCUGCCGUCAUCGUCCGCCAGCGCAAGCCGUGGCGCCGAAAGGACGGAGUCUUCAUGUACUUCGAAGACAAUGCUGGCGUUAUUGUGAAUCCUAAGGGUGAAAUGAAAGGUUCGGCCAUCACCGGCCCAAUCGGGAAGGAGUGUGCUGAUCUGUGGCCCAGAAUUGCCAGCGCUGCUAAUGCCAUUGUCUAGAGAUUAGGAGCUUCAGUUAUAUCCCUGUUUCUGUUUCUAUUUUUCUGGUGUGAGUCUUGAUUGACAAUAUAGUUUGGAGGAAAUGAAAGAUUUUGAUGUCUGUGAGAUUUUUGAAGGGGUUAAAUGUUUUUCAUAUUUGGAUUCACUAUGUUUUGGUGGCUUUAUGUUAGUGAAGUUCCAUGGUUUUGAUUC